AUGGAGGGCGCGGGGGGCGUCGGCCCCGCGGGGGGGGGGGUGUCGGAGCCCCCAGACCGAGCAGUCGAGUACCUGCUGGAGCUGAACAGGAUCAUCGCGAGCCAGAGGCAGCUGCUGAGCUCCCAGCGCCGCCGGAUCGCUCAGCUCGAGGCUCAGCUGCAGCGCCUGGCCCGGGAGAACCGGCACCUGCGGCAGCGGGCGGCGGGGGGGGCAGCGCCGGCUGGAACAGCCGCCAGGCACACGGGCCACGUGGACCCCGAUGGUCAAUACCAGAACCACUUGGAAGCAGAGGGGCAGUUCCCAUCCUGCACCGACCCCGACCUGCCCUAUGGGCCCCAUCCGGACCGGGACGGGCAAUACGGGCCCCAUGCGGAGCGGGACCUGCCCUACCAGGGCCACCUGGACCACGAGGGGCAGUACCCAUCCCACCUGGAUCGCGAUGGGCAGUACCCGGAGCACCUGGACCACGAGGGGCAGUACCCGGAGCACUUGGAUCGGGAUGGGCAGUACUCCGGGCGUACGGACCGGGAUAGAGCCUAUGGAGCUCAUCUGGAUCGGGACGGGCAGUACGAGGAGCAGGAUGGGCCCUAUCCCAACCGGGACCACGACAGAGCCUAUCCGAGCCGGAAGGACCGAGCCUACCAGGCGCGUCCGGAGCGGGAUGGGCAGUACCCGGCUCGCAUGGACCAGGAUGGGCAGUACCACGGCUGCCUGGAGCGGGAUCUCCAGUACCAGCCCCACUUGGAGCUGAGCCGCAUGGAGCGGGAUGGGCAGUACCAGAGCCGGAUAGACCCGGAUGGGCAGUACUCGAGCCGCAUGGAGCGGGAUGGGCAGUACCAGAGCCACGUGGAGCGGGAGCUGCAGUACCGAGGCCGGGAUGGGCAUUAUCCGCCCUGUGUGGACCGGGAAGGGCCUUAUCCUGCCCCGUGCUCCCGGGAUCGCUGCGGAGCUUCCCAUCAUCACCAUCACCAUCACCGGGACUGGGACCGGGAUUGGCCGCGGGGGCCCCUGAGCCGCAGCUCCAGCCCCGGGGGGGGCGGGCACAGCACCAGCGCCAGCACCAGCCCUGCCACCACUCUGCAGCGCAAGUCAGACCGGGACAGCUCGAGGACAGUGAGCGUGGACGGUGACGCUCCGGGCAGCGAGGGGGGGGGGCCGGUCCCCGACAGCCCCGGGCGCCCCCCCCCGUACCGGGGCCUGUCCCAGGCGGCUCCCCCCGGCGCGGGGGGGUCCGGGGGGGGCUCCCCGGGGCUGGGCUGGGCCCGGCUCCCCCCGCAGCCGGCGAGCGUGGCCCUGCGCAAGCAGCAGGAGGAGGAGGAGAGCAAGAGGCCGAAGGCUCUGAGCGACAGCUAUGAGCUCUCCACUGACCUGGAGGACAAGAAGGUGGAGAUGCUGGAGCGCAAGUACGGAGGUUACUUCCGCACUCGCCGCGCCGCCCGCACCAUCCAGGCCGCGUUCCGCCGCUACCGCAUGGCGCAGAAGUUCGAGCGGCUGCGGAGCGAGGGGGGGCGCGCGCGGCGCCUGGCACUGCCCGGCCUGCGCCUGCAGUUCUCCUUCGAGGAGUACGACCGAGGCCCCCCCCCGCCGGCCCCGGGGCCCCCCCCGCCGCCCCCCCCCUACUUCCAGGGCAAACCCGCCUCGCUGGACGAGGGGCUCUCGGCUUCGGCGGAUUUUGGGCCUGGAGGGGCUGACCUGGAGGAGGCGUUUGCGCAGCAGGUGAAGUCUUUGGCCGCCUCCAUUGACGAGGCCCUGGGGGGGGGCGGCCGUGGGGUCCCCCCCGGCGCCCCCGCCCCCCCCGCGGGGGACAGCGCCGCCACCUCCGCCAGUGACGUCACCUUGUACCUGGACGAGGGGCUCCCAGGCUCCCCCCGCUCCCCCGAGCGCCCCCCCAGCCCCGAGCCCCCCCCUUCGGACACGGGGGCGCCGCCCCCCCCCCGGGCCCCGCCGACCGCUGGGGGGGGGGCGAGGACCCCCCCCGCCGGGGCGGCCCCCCCUGCUUGGAGUGCCGGGGCCGCGGGGGGGGGGGCGGCGGGGGGGGGGGGGCACCCCCCAUUGCUCACAGUGGAGCCCCCCAGCGACAGCUCCGCUGACCUCAGCGACCGCUCCGACCGCGGCUCCAUCAACAGGGGGGGUCCCUACGAACCCGACGGGGGGGGCGGGGGGGGCCCCUUGCCCCGGAGCGGACCCCCCCAUCGCUGCUUCCAUCCGGACCCCCCCCCCCCCCUCCGACCGCCCCCCCGGGGCCCCCCCCGCCGCCCCCCCCCCCCUCCCGAGGAGGGGUCGGAUGGGGACAACGAGAGCCUCGGGAGCAGCUCCAACUCCAACGGGAGCCUCAACUGCUCCUCGGGGUCCUCAUCCCACGAGAGCCUGCCCCCCCCCCAGGCCCCCCCCGGCAAGGCCGUGUACCAACGGGAGCCAAGGCAGAGCUGGGACUCACCAGCGCUCAACAAUGAUGUGGUGCAGAGGAGGCAGUACAGGAUCGGGCUCAACCUGUUCAACAAGAAGCCAGAGAAGGGGAUCCAGUACCUGAUCGAGAGGGGGUUCCUGUCCGACACCCCCCUGGGGGUGGCUCAUUUCAUCCUGGAGCGGAAGGGGCUGAGCCGCCAGAUGAUCGGCGAGUUCCUGGGCAACCGCCAGAAGCAGUUCAACCGCGACGUGCUGGACUGUGUCGUGGAUGAGAUGGACUUCUCGGGUAUGGAGCUGGAUGAGGCUCUGCGCAAGUUCCAGUCCCACAUCCGCGUGCAGGGGGAGGCACAGAAGGUGGAGCGGCUGAUUGAGGCCUUCAGCCAGCGUUACUGCGUGUGCAACGCGGCCCUGCUGCGCCAGUUCCGCAACCCGGACACCAUCUUCAUCCUGGCCUUCGCCAUCAUCCUCCUCAACACCGACAUGUACAGCCCCAGCGUGAAGGCCGAGCGCAAGAUGAAGCUGGAGGACUUCAUCAAGAACCUCCGAGGGGUGGACAAUGGGGAGGACAUACCCCGGGACAUGCUGGUGGGCAUCUACCAGCGCAUCCAGAGCCGCGAGCUCCGCACCAACGAUGACCACGUGUCCCAGGUCCAGGCUGUCGAGCGCAUGAUCGUCGGCAAGAAGCCGGUGCUGUCCCUGCCCCACCGGCGCCUGGUUUGCUGCUGCCAACUCUAUGAGGUGCCCGACCCCAACCGGCCCCAGCGCCUGGGGCUGCACCAGCGCGAGGUCUUCCUCUUCAAUGACCUUCUGGUGGUGACGAAGAUCUUCCAGAAGAAGAAGAUCCUGGUGACCUACAGCUUCCGCCAGAGCUUCCCACUGGUGGAGAUGCACAUGCAGCUCUUCCAGAACGCCUAUUACCAGUUCGGGAUCAAGCUGCUGUCGGCGGCGCCGGGGGGGGAGCGGAAGGUGCUCAUCGUGUUCAACGCGCCCAGCCCCCAGGACCGGCUGCGCUUCGCCAGUGACCUCCGGGAGAGUGUGGCUGAGGUGCAGGAGAUGGAGAAAUACAGAGUGGAGGCCGAGCUGGAGAAGCAGAAGGGGGUGUCGGGGGCUCGGGGCGGGGGCCCCCCCCGCGAGGCGCUGAAUGGGCUGAGCCGGAGCAGCCUCGAGGAGGCCUUCGGGGGGGGAGAGGGGCUCAAGCGCAGCGCCCUCAGCAGCUCCCUACGGGACCUCUCGGACAGCGGGAAGCGGGGCCGGCGGAACAGCGUGGGGUCCCUGGACAGCACCAUCGAGGGCUCCAUCAUCAGCAGCCCCCGGCCGCAGGCGCGGGGGGGUCCCGGGGCCGCCCCCGAGGGGUACAAACCCCCCCCCCGGCCGGUGUCCAACUCCUCCUCGUUCCUGGGGUCCCUCUUCGGGAGCCGGAGGGGGAAGGGCCCCCCCGGACCCCCCCCCCGGCGUUGGGGGUCCCGCUUCGGCCUCAGCCUCCUCCUCCUCGGCUUCCUCCUCCCAUCACCACCACCCCCCCCCCCCCGCCCCCCCCAGGGCCGCCGAGGCCCCGCUGCCCCCCCCCACCAUGGGCUGUCCCACGCGUACCCCACCGGGCCCCCCCCGCACCACCACCCCCCCCCGCCCCCCACCGCCGCCGCCGCCGCCAAGCACUUUGUGUUCGGGGGGGGCGGCGGUGGGGGGGGCCCCCCCGGGGGGGCCCUUCGGGGGGGGGGCGGCGGCGCUGGGGGGGCGGCCCCCCCUCCCCAUCAUCACCAUCAUCAUCAUCACCAUCACCAUCCCGCACCCCACUCCCCCAUCCCCCCCCAUCCCUCUUACCCCCCUUUGCCCCCCCCUUCACCCCACACCCCCCUCAGCCCCCAUUCCCCUGCCGGCCCCACAUCGCCCCUGGCCCAAGCUGGUCAGGGCCCCCCCAAACCCAAGGGGGGGAACCGCAUCAGCACCGUGGUCUGAUCCCAUCGAUCCCAUUGAUCCCAUUGAUCCCAUUGAUCCCAUCGAUCCCAUCGAUCCCAUUCCCCCCCCCGGGCUGAGGACGGACACAGCUCAUGGCAGCGAUGGACGG